AAUUGUUGUGAUAAACUUAUUAAAUAGUUACGCGUUGAACGCCCAACAACAACAAUGUCCACGCCUUACGGAGAUUUCGAGUCAAUCAACGCUUUUCUGGCCACAAAGAGCUACGUCGUUGGCUUUAUCCCGUCAUCAGCCGACGCGAAACUGGCCUCGGAAAUCCAAUCUCCUCCGGAAGCAGACAAGUACCCCCACCUUGCCAGAUGGUACAGACACAUCACGUCAUUCGAUGAAGGUGAAAAAGGUAAAUUUGUCAGUGGAGACUUGCCAGAUAUGAAAGCCUCGGCAGCACCUGUGCCCAAUGGCAAGAAAGCAGCUGAAAAAGACGAAGACAGUGAUAAUGAUUUGUUCGGAGAUGACGACGAAGAUGACGAUGAGGUUGACGACGAAACGGCUGCGAGACUGAAGGCGUACCAUGACAAGAAGGCGAAGAAACCUCAGGUGAUUGCCAAGUCCUCCAUCAUCCUGGACGUGAAGCCCUGGGAUGACGAGACAGACAUGGCUGAACUAGAGAAGAUGGUGCGUGGCAUCGAACUCGACGGACUGCUAUGGGGCGCCGGAAAACUAGUCGCGAUUGGUUAUGGAAUCAAUAAACUGCAGAUCGGUUGUGUAGUUGAAGACGACAAAGUAGGCACAGACCUUCUCGAAGAACACAUCACCGCUUUCGAGGACUUCGUACAGUCAGUAGAUGUAGCCGCGUUCCAGAAGAUCUAAUUUAUCACUAUUAUCCAGUCCCAAGAAUCCAGAACACUUUUUGACAUUCGAAUCUUAAUUUACUGAAAUGAUGUGUAACAUCAAUAUGCCCACUGAAGAACAUUUUGAGAUUGCAAAGAAGCUGUCACGCAACUUGAUAUGAAGUAACACCUGAUGAUUGAUCAAAGGACUUUCGUUUUGUUUUUGGUGAUUGAUUUAUUACUAUGGCGACUUCGUACUAAGCUGUAAAAUAAUUUAGUGUGAUUCCAUUCUGUGAAUGUGAAGUGCAUAAAUUAUUUCGUGGGCACAAUUUGAGAGCAACAUGUAACUGUACUCGACACUAACAUGACCCUAUUUGAUGUAAAAUAAUCAUUUUGACUGUCUUGUUUAACGUGUGGUUUAUGGGAGAUUGUUGCUCAGUUAUUAAUUGCCUUAUGAACGAAAACCAAUUAAAUAUCUAUAAAAA